CGCAGACCCCUAGGUGGAAAAGUACCUGCCAGGCAUGGCCCUGCGCUGCUGGGGAGCUCGGGGCAGCGCAGCCCUGGGUCUUAGAGAGGCUGCUGUUGUCAAGGGGUUAAAAAUGGAACCAGGAUGCGUGCUUUGCCUGGCUCUGGGCUGGGGUGUCUGUUGAUUAGAGUGGAGAGAGGGGGAGCUUGUGGACCUUUGGGGUCCCAGUUUGUUGAGUGUGAUGCUGUGCCAAGUUCAGCCAAGCCUGUGUCAGAGUUGGGGAUCGGGAGGGUCUGUGGAGCUAUGGGAUCCCAUGCAGGGUGGUGCUGGACCUCCUCCAGCUCUGCUCCCCGACCCGCUCCCCUCCCAGGAGAUGCGGGCACCCGGGUCUGGCUGGGCCUGCAGAUAAGCCUGUGGACGCCAGAUCUGCUUCCUGCGAGCUGCUGCAGGCACCCAUGACGCUGGAGUCAGUCGUGAACUUCCCCUUCAGCUAUGGGUCCAGCUCUGUCCCCAGCCUUCGGCAGUCCCCGUGGUUUUCCGCAGGGCUGCCGAGGAGGGGGACCUGAGGCUCAUGUCCUUGCUCCCCCAGGGAGAUGCCCCACAGCUGAGGGGCUGCCAGGAGCAGAGGGGCUGUGGGAGGCAAUGUCCAGGUCCCAGGGCUGUGUGUGGGAAAGGGAGGCAGGGAGCCCCACUCCACAGCCGGGCCCUGUGUCCUUACACACCCCUCCUCACAGCAAGAGCCACAAUGGACGACAUCUUCACGCAGUGCCGAGAGGGCAACGCGGUGGCCGUGCGCCUCUGGCUGGACAACACCGAGAACGACCUCAACCAGGGGGAUGACCACGGCUUCAGCCCCUUGCACUGGGCCUGCCGCGAGGGCCGCUCCAAUGUGGUCGACAUGCUCAUCAUGCGGGGAGCACGGAUCAACGUGAUGAACCGUGGUGACGACACCCCACUGCACCUGGCUGCCAGCCAUGGCCACCGUGAUAUUGUGCAGAAGCUGAUCCAGUUCAAAGCAGACAUCAAUGCAGUGAAUGAGCAUGGGAACACGCCUCUGCACUAUGCCUGCUUCUGGGGACAUGACCAGGUGGCGGAGGACCUGGUGGGCAAUGGGGCCUUGGUCAGCAUUGCUAACAAAUAUGGUGAGACGCCCAUUGACAAAGCCAAGACACCACUGCGAGAAGUCUUGAAAGAGCGUGCUGAGAAGCUGGGCCAGAGCCUCACCAAGAUCCCCUACAAGGAUACCUUCUGGAAGGGCACGACCCGCACACGUCCCAGAAAUGGGACUCUCAACAAACUUGCUGGAAUAGACUUCAAACAGCUGAGCUUGAGCCAAAAACUCAAUGAGAACCAGUCAGGAGAGUUGUGGAAAGGGCGCUGGCAAGGCAACGACAUUGUCAUCAAAAUGCUGAAAAUCCGGGACUGGACAACUCGGAAGAGCCGAGACUUCAAUGAGGAAUACCCGAAGCUGCGGAUCUUUUCUCACCCCAACGUGCUACCAGUGCUGGGCGCCUGCCUCCCCCCUGCACCCCACCCCAUUGUCAUCAGCCACUGGAUGCCCUACGGCUCCCUCUACAACGUGUUACAUGAGGGGACAAACUUUGUGGUGGACCAGAUGCAGGCAGUGAAAUUCGCCUUUGACAUUGCACGGGGCAUGGCCUUCCUGCACACAUUGGAGCCCCUCAUUCCACGCCACCACCUCAACAGCCGCAGCAUCAUGAUCGACGAGGACAUGACAGCGCGCAUCAGCAUGGCUGACGUGAAGUUCUCCUUCCAGUGCCCGGGGAGGAUGUACGCGCCAGCCUGGGUGGCACCAGAAGCCUUGCAGAAGAAGCCAGAGGAAAUUAACAGGCGCUCAGCUGACAUGUGGAGCUUCGCGGUGCUGCUGUGGGAGCUGGUGACCCGUGAGGUGCCAUUUGCAGACUUGUCCAACAUGGAGAUAGGCAUGAAGGUAGCACUGGAGGGGCUACGUCCAACCAUCCCACCCGGCAUAUCCCCACACAUCUGCAAGCUGAUGAAGAUCUGCAUGAACGAGGACCCAGCCAAGCGCCCCAAGUUUGACAUGAUCGUGCCCAUCCUGGAGAAGAUGCAGGAGAAGUAGAGAGGGAGGUGCCUCCCAGCCACCCGACGCUGCCAUGCUUCCCUCCCCAUCACCCCCAAGUGCCUUCUUUAGCCCCAGAGCCAAGGGGGAGCAGGGAAUGCCCCCUCACCCUGAGCCAGCCAUGGACACACGGUACAGACAACGCUGCCUUCUCUGGAGCUGCUCUGCAGGCUUCAGACACUGUAGCACCAAAUCUAUGGCAGCACCUCCAUCCUCCCUGGCAGCUAUGGGCAGAGACUGAGCAGGCGGCCUGGCCCACGACACUGAGCAUGGCUGGGCUCUGCUACCUGUGAGGCUGCGACAGGGCUGUGGAGCCACCCUGUCCUCCUCGUCCCCAGGCCCAGAGCAGCUCACCCACUUAACAGUCUCACAUUAGGCAAUGCCCAGUCCUGGUGCUCUUCCCUACCAAGGACAGUGGGGUGAAGCUUGCCUGUUGCGCCCAGCACCACCCCAGCUUUGCGCUUCACUCUUUAUCAUUUCCAUCCAGGCCAUGUGGAAAAGCCGCCAGCAUCCAAAAUAAACAUUUGUUAUGAAAACUG